AUUAUAACACAGCUGUAAUAGAGAACGCGAUUUUCUGGAUGAUCUACAUGUUGUAGGAACUCAGAUACUGGUGUGUGUGUGUGAGCACGUGGAGAUGGAGGAGAGGGCUCGUAGCCGUUUGCUGCGCUCUAGAGCCAGACUGGAGCAGGACAUCGAGGCCUCCGACCUCAUGGACCACAUGAUCAGUGAUGAGAUCCUAAGUGUAGAUGAGGAAGAGAGAGUACACCGAAAGCCGAACAAGAAAGAGCAGGCAGCAGCACUGUUGGAGCUUCUUCUAAGCAAAGACAACAGAGCCUACAUCUCUUUCUACAACGCUCUUAUCCGGGAGAGCUAUGAAGACCUGGCCAGUCUGCUUCAGAGUGACCUGCCCCAGCUCAGCCCUGAGGGGGAAAAGGGUUACUCCAAUGGGAUCUCUCCCUCAGUGCAGGACAUCCUGAGUGUGGGUGGAGUUCCUCAGAGGCCCAUGGUGUUUGUGAAUCGUCCUGCUUUGCUUAACCAGCUCCGGGAGAACCUGUACCAGCUGCAGAAAACUCCUGGCUGGGUCACUGUGUUCGGCAUGGCUGGAUCAGGAAAGUCUGUGCUGGCGGCGGAGGCUGUGAGGGACUCGGCUCUUAUCAAAGACUGUUUUCCUGGAGGAAUUCACUGGCUAUCUCUUGGCCAGUGUGAGAAAGCCGAUCUCCUGGUGAGAAUGCAGUCUCUGUGUUUUAGGCUGGAGCAGAUUCAGAGUUCAGACACAGCCCUGAGGCCACCCAGCUCUGUCGAAGAGGCCAAAGAGCGCAUGCGUAUUCUCAUGCUGCGCAAGUUCCCCAGAGCUCUGCUGAUUCUGGAUGAUGUGUGGGACAGCUGCACUCUAAGGGCGUUUGAUAUCCAUUGUCGAGUCCUACUGACCACUAGAAACCGCAGUCUAACGGAUUCAGUAAGUGGUCAUAAAUCUAGUGUUUUUGUUGAAAGCGGUCUGGACGACGAGAAAGCUUUGGAAAUUCUUGCACUGUAUGUGAACAAGAAAACUCUUCCAGAGCAAGCUCGCAGCAUUGUGAAGGAAUGCAAAGGUUCCCCUCUAGUAGUAUCUCUAAUUGGAGCACUGCUGAGAGACUUUCCUGACCGCUGGAGCUACUACCUGGAGCAACUAAAGAAGAAAAAGUUCAAGCGUAUACGUAAGUCAUCCUCCUAUGACUAUGAGGCUUUGGAUCAGGCCAUGGAUGCCAGUCUGCAGGUUCUGGAAGAUGAACACAGGGAGCUCUACAGAGAUCUGAGCGUGCUGGAGAAAGAUGUCAAAGUGCCUGCCAAGAUGCUGUCUGUGCUUUGGGUUCUUGAGCUGGAGGAAGUGGAGGAUGUCCUCCAGGGGUUUGUGAAUAAAUCACUGUUGUUUCGGGACUGCAACAAGUGGCCAUACCACUACUACCUCCACGAUCUUCAGCUCGACUUCCUUACUGAACAAAAUCGCAGUCAGCUAGCGGAGCUGCAUGCUAAAGUUGUUUGUCAGUACCAAAAGAAAUAUAGAAAAUUCCCACCCACAUCAAAAGAUGAGGAUGAAUUAUAUUGGUACAGAUUCCUGCCACAUCACAUGGCUAAGGCGGGCCUAUCCAAGGAGCUUUAUUCACUAAUGUUCUCGCUGGACUGGGUGAAGAAUAAGGCUCAGGUGAUGGGAUCCGCCCAUUUAAUCAAUGACUAUGUGGAACAUGGCACAAUUCUUGACCAAGAGAACAGUGAGGUAAGGCUGCACUUUCAGGAGUUCUUGUCUUUAAACGGCCAUCAUCUGGAACAGAGGCCUUUUCCUGAUGUGGUACAGCUGGCACUGGCCCAGCCACAUUCCUCUGAAGUCUACAGACAGGGUUUACUACAGGCACAGGAUAAGGCUAGCAGAGGACAGCUGUACCUGGAGUGGGUAAACAAGAGAAAUGUGGAGAGUCUGUCAAGGUUGGUGUUGCACCCUCACCAGAACUCCGUCUACCACGCCUGCUUUUCCAGAGACGGUAGCAGGAUUGCGUCAUGUGGCGCCAGCAAGACACUGCGGAUUUUUAAGAGUUCUUCUGGAGAGAUGGUUCAGGAGAUCAACGCUCAUGAUGAGGAAAUUCUGUGUUGCGCCUUCUCUCCAGAUGACCGUCAGAUAGCAACAUGCUCCAGUGACAGGAAGGUCAAGAUAUGGAAUGUGGAAAAAGGUACGCCCGUGCGUGUGUUUGAUGUGGAGCAUGAGCAGCAGAUCAACCACUGUCAGUUUACCAACACAAACCGGCGCAUCCUGCUGGCCACCUGCUCUAAUGACGAAUUACUUAACACCAAGAUCUGGAACAUGAACAAGCCGACUUCUCAGAACACUAUGUUCGGACACGAAGGUGCUGUGAAUCACUGCUGCUUCUCUCCAGAUGACGCUUACCUUGCUACCUCAUCCAAUGAUGGCACUUUGAAGCUUUUUGAGGUGACCAUGGCGAACGAGUGGAAAUCUAUCGACAUCAGCAGCUAUUUCCCAGAGAAUGAUGAAAACGGCGUUACUGUGAAGUGCAGCACAUGGUCGGCAGAUGGCAAGAGAAUCAUUGGUGCUGCAAAGAAUGCAGUUUUUGUAUUUAACGUAGCAACGCUGGAGAUGUUGCUGGAGAUCAGAACCAAUCGUCUGAGCACAGUGCAAUACUGCCAUGCCUGUCCUAACAGCCAGCUUCUAGCAUUAGCACUCUCACACUACACUGUGGAGCUGUGGAACUUUGAGACUAAUAAGAAGAUGGCUGAAUGCAGUGGUCACCUGAGCUGGGUUCCCUGUGUGCAGUUUUCACCCAAUGGCGCGCUCCUGCUUUCUGCCUCAGAUGACCACACCAUCAGACUGUGGGAGACUGAGCGAGUGCACACAUCUUCAGCCGUGGCUCUUAAGAGGGACUUUGAUGUUCUCUUUGAUCAGGAGGACAUCACUGUGGUGGCAGCUGAUAGCCGGAACAGGUUACAGGUGCUUUCAGGAACAGCUGGGACAGUAGUAAUGGAGUCGGUGGAGCAGAUGUCAAGGGUCCGAAGUGUGUGCAUCUGCAGGUGUACGCCUACUGUGGCAGUGGGCAUGGAAAAUGGCACUGUGCAGGUGCUCGAGGUUCCCUCUGGUAACACUUUAGCAACACUCCACGGUCACACCAAAACUGUGCACCACUGCGUUUUCACAGAUGAUGGGCAAACACUUAUCACAUCCUCAGAAGACACUACAAUCCGGGUAUGGAGGUGGAGAACAGGAGAAUGUCUUGUAUUAGAAGGCCAUAAGGAGGCUGUCCGAAAGUUUCAUCUUCUUACUUCUUCCUCUUCCUUCCCCACUCUUUUAUCGUGGUCAUUUGAUGGCACUGUGAAGGUGUGGAAGCUGAGCUCUGGAGAGAUGCUGCAUGACCUGGUGUGUCAUCAGGGGGCUGUUCUCUCAGGUGAUGCGUCCCCUGAUGGAAAACUUUUCUCCAUUGGCUUAGCAGACAACACGGCGCAGGUGUGGAGCUGUGCAUCAUGGAAGAUGGUGUUCCUCUUGGAAGGCCACAAAGCUUGUGUACGCAGUUGCCGUUUCUCCUGGGACAUCAAGCGACUUGCUACUGGUGACGACAACGGAGAGAUCAGGCUGUGGAACAUGCUAAACGGAGACCUGCUGAAGGUCUGCUCCCGCAAGUCCAAAGAUUCGAUGGAUUCUUUUCAUGGAGGCUGGGUGACUGACCUUCACUUCUCUCCUGAUAAUAGAGUAUUUGUGUCCACCGGAGGAUACAUUAAGUGGUGGAGCGUGGAGAAAGGAGAAGCACUUCAGACUUUCUACACCUCAGGAAACAAUCUAAAACGCAUCUGUGUCUCACCUGACUUCAAGACAUUUAUCACCAUUGAUAACAUAGGCAUCCUGUACAUCCUGAAGCAGGUGGAGGGAUGACAAUUCUAGAUUAGACUAUUUACUCAACUGCUGAAUCAUUUUCUACACCAUAUUGCAAUUAUUUGUGUUCUGGAUGGCUGAGUAUUUUGUCUUAAUGAAUUACUCUCAGUGGUGUUUUUCUAUUCUUUCGUUUACUGAUUCUGCUGUAACUUUUGAAAAUGAUCUGCCUUAUUGCUUUUCUAGGAUAACGUUUGCCUUUGCUAUUUCAAUCUGAAACGUUUAUGCAAUGACCCACAUUAACAAAAGCCUCCUUUUGCAUAAUCACAUCUUUUUUUAGUGGCAGUAUGAAGCCGUGUCCUUGCUCCCCUGUGCUUAAGCGUCCUAUCUGAAGCCUUAAAAUCUCAAUCUACAUACCACUGUAAACAGAGUGGCCUGUUUGAAGUGCUAAGAACUAUAUAAGGUUAUAUUAAAUGCAGAACACUGCGAAACACGAGAGAAGUAAAAAUAGUUUGCUUUAGCUUAGCAAUCAGAGCAGCAUAUUGGGUAGGCUUGAACUUUUACCUACAUUUAUUUAUAUUAUAAAUUAUGUAUUUUAUAUUCUGAGAGGUACAAUCACAAACAUGAAGACAAAUCAGCUGAAUAGGUGUUUAAGUAUUUUAGCACAUAAUAUGAAGUCAGCAGGACACAUUUUACAUCAGUUUCUGAACUAUAUAUGAGUGUCCCUGCUUUCAAAAAUGAUCUUUAAGAAAAGUCCUCAUUGUAAUGUGUACUCUUGCAGAAAAGUAUGUUUGCUCUUUGCUGAGGUAUUUUUUAUCUUCAUUGGAGGGUUUCUUUUUUUUUUUCCUGGAAAUCUCUGUUUUUUAACAUGAUCGUAAGUCCUGUAUGGUACAUUUACAUUUUCAUUUUCAUUCAUCAUAUUGGUACAAUAGUAUGUUUCAUUCACUAUGCUCAAAAUUGUGUUGACACCUAUGACCUUAAUGGACAGCCUAUUCCAAAGCCACUGGAAUUAUUCCUUGAAAAGGAUUUUAGAUUUUGCCAAUGGAGGGGAAUUUGUGACCAUUUAGAUGGUGCAGCAGCCUAAUGCUCUAGCUUACCACUGUUGAGAUCUCAAGCUCUUAAGUUUAAAUGCCAGACGAAGCUCGCGACCUGGCAGACCAACCGAACUGGUGCAGCUUGAAGGAGGGAGGUUGCUGUGCAAUUGCUGUCCGGUUGAACUUUUGAAAAUUCAGAAGGUUGUCCACAUACUUUUGCCCAUGUAGUGUACUAGCGUAUUUUCUUAUAUUAACAAAAAAAAAAGGUGCAAAAGGUGUACUCCUAAGACUGCCACACUAUACUACCACACUAUACUCUUAUGGUUUUAUACUCUUAUACUUAAUGAAAAACUACAUGCAAGUCACAUAAGAUAAUGAAAAAGUAAAUUUAGAUAGUGAAUAAAAUGGAACAUUUAAUGAGUUUAGGGUUAUAAACAAAUUACAAGCUAAAGAUACAAAUGAUGCAUUCUUAAAGGUAUCAUAUUCCAGCAACCAGCACUGGUACAUUUCAUUACUGUACUGAGACUGUAGUUUUAAAAGGCUUGUAAUACCAAAGUUUGCAACAGCCCUGCAUCCAGUACAGGCCUUGGUGCAAUGCCAUGAACUUGACUAUCAAAAUGUGACUUCUUUUCUACCAAACACAAAAACCAAGGUGCUAACAAACACAUACAGAUGCACAAAUCCAUUUACAGCAAUAGAUAAUUCAAACUGAAGCUUUUACUGAAGCUCAGGCAUGAUUGCACUAUUAGUUUUCCUGUGCUCUGCAUUACCCUUUAAUUAAAUACUUUAAAAAUGUCUGCCAUUCAGAUUACGCAAGACUUUUAAUUAUUUAAAGUACCUGACCAGAUGUGAACAUUGCUUUUUGUACUUGUUCUUAAUUAAGUUUACUCAGGUGAAAUUGAUCCAAUGCUCUUGUGUUUCACAUGGUUUAUUCAAAUCAGCUUUACAACACACUUGUUAAUAAAACAGUUGGAUAAACUUUAGCAUUGUGUUUUUGUAUGGUUUCUUAUUUUAAUAUCAUUGUAUUUGUAAAUGUAUUGCAAUUUUGGUGAAAAGA